AUGGCGGUCUUCAUCAGGAGAUCUGAAGGGAGCCCCUUGGACCUCAACAACCUGCCAGAAGAAUAUGGGAAGCAGACCAUGGAGGAGAGCUCUACCACCACUGCAACUUCUGCCAACAGCACCAGUAAGAUGUCCUCUCCCCUCCCCCCGUCCCCCCUUACACUCGCACACACACCCGCGACAGGGAGAGAGCACAUAGAUAGAUUGAGAGAGAGAGAGCGAGUGAGAGAGAGCGAGAGAGAAAGCGACUGAGAGAGAGCGAGAGAGAAAGCGACUGAGAGAGAGCGAGAGAAAGAGAGAGAGAGAGAGAGAGAGAGAGAGAGAGAGAGAGAGAGAGAGAGAGAGAGAGAGAGAGAGAGAGAGAGAGAGAGAGAGAGAGAGAGAGAGAGAGAGAGAGAGAGAGAGAGAGCGAGAGAGAGAGAGCGAGAGAGAGAGAGAUGGGGUUUGCAUUUUGAUCGUGCGCCAUUGGGGCGAGGCGGUGACUUUGGUCUGGUUUCUGUAGGGUUUUGUUCUAUUAUUACACCAAGGAGAAGGGACCUUCAUGCUGAGGUUUCAAUGCAGGGUUCAAGAAGAAGAAGUGUGGGAAGGAAGGGAAGGAGGAGGGCGGCAACGUAUACGAGUGCAGGUUCUGCUCCCUCAAGUUCUGCAAGUCCCAAGCCCUCGGCGGCCACAUGAAUCGUCAUCGCCAAGGCAAGAAGAUGAUCAACUCCACAAACCCACAAACCCAUAUCAAGUAUCCAAAAAAAAUCACAUCUUUCGUAGAUCUCCUUCAACUGCAUUCACAUACGCAUCACAGAUCAACUGAUCUUUCCCUCUUCCGACUGUCUAAAUUCGGUUGUGCUCUUGACGACUCAGAGAGGGAGACGGAGACCCUCAACCGGGCUCGCCAGCUCGUCUUCAGCAACGACGGCUUUGCUACCGUCGGCGCCCACAUGGGGUACGUGUCGCGACUCCAUUUCCUCCUCUCUCUCUCUCUCUCUCUCUCUCUCACCAUCUAUCUAUCUAUCUAUCUAUCUAUCUAUCUCUUUCGCUCUCUAGCAUAGAAUAUACUCUCGUAGCCCACCAGCUACACCACCUACUCGUUGAAGGCCCUUCUACGCUCCUUUUUGUGCUGUGGUUGGAUAAUUGCAUUCGUUUUCAUCAUCUUGUACUGUACUGGCUGUGGUAAUGUAUAGAUGUAGUAGAUAGGUAGAAAGAGGCUAGACGAAGCUAAUCGUUCGUUCGUCAUGGAAUUCACAGGCUGAGAGAUCUGAGUUUCGGAGGGAGCGGGCAGGCCGUGGCAUCAUUCCCACGUGGGGGAGGGGUGGGAGACACAUGCCUGCAUUUCAGACCAGUGUACCCCAUGCUCCCGACAAGGCCGCAGCCGCCGCCACCGCCACCGCCUACGCACCUCCAGCAGUACGCGUACCCGCCUCAGGCUUCUCCCCGCGCUCUCCCCUACCAGGCUCCCUUUCAGCUGCCGCCGCCGCCGCCACCGCCACCGCCGCCCACUGGUGAUUACUUCCUGGGACGCGUCCUCGCUGGCAGCCCUCACUCGCAACCCCAAAGCUUUGGCGGCGCUGCUGAGGCGAAUCGAGUCCGUUUAGGCGCUUCCCUCAAUCACGUAGUUAUGGAGAGUGGCCGGCCUCCGACGAGCAGGGAGAGCGCCAUUGGAAACCAUGGUUAUGGCCUUCGCAGUUCCGACCCUCCCACUGAUCCUUUUUGA